AGUCCCGCCGAGACCAUGUUUGACAAGACGCGGCUGCCGUACGUGGCCCUCGAUGUCCUCUGCUUGUUGCUGGCUGGAUUGCCUUUUGCAAUUCUUACUUCAAGGCAUACCCCCUUCAAUCGAGGAGUGUUCUGUAAUGAUGAUUCCAUCAAGUACCCUUACAAAGAAGACACCAUACCCUAUGCGUUAUUAGGUGGAAUAAUCAUUCCAUUCAGUAUUAUCGUUAUUAUUACUGGAGAAGUAUUAUCUGUUUACCAUAAGCUUUUGCACUCAGAUUCCUUUGUGGGAAACAGCUACAUAGCCUGUAUUUACAAAUCCAUGGGAACUUUUCUAUUUGGUGCAGCUGCUAGUCAGUCCUUGACGGACAUUGCCAAGUAUUCAAUAGGCAGACUGCGGCCUCACUUUUUGGAUGUUUGUGACCCUGAUUGGUCAAAGAUCAACUGCAGUGAUGGUUAUAUUGAAAACUACGUAUGCAGAGGAAAUGUAGACAAGAUUAAAGAAGGCAGGUUGUCCUUCUACUCAGGCCACUCCUCCUUCUCCAUGUACUGCAUGAUGUUCCUGGCAUUGUAUUUCCAAGCCAGGAUGAAGGGAGAAUGGGCAAGACUCUUACGCCCAACAGUGCAAUUUGGUCUCAUUGCUGUAUCCAUAUAUGUGGGCCUUUCUCGAGUUUCUGAUUACAAACACCACUGGAGUGACGUGUUGACCGGACUCAUUCAAGGAGCUCUGGUUGCAGUAUUAGUUGUUGUAUAUGUAUCAGAUUUCUUCAAAAACAGAGAUUCUACUUUUCAAGUCCAGAAAGAAGAGGACUCACAUACAACUCUGCACGAGACAGCUGGGGCAGAUAAACACUAUCAGAACAGCCACCAACCUUGA